CUUAUUAAAUAGUUAGGCCAUGGACUCCAUGGAAACUCUUGAUGUCAUCAAUUGAUCAAACUAGGAGAACUACACGAAUAACCAUCUGAACAACAACGGAAUGGGAGAUCUGGGCAACGGAACCCAUCAAUUGAAUGGGAAUGGGAAUGGACUGAGCCCAUCGGGCAUUUCGGAUUCCACUUCCAGUGGUGCAGGAAAGAGUGAGGCUGAGAGAAUCGCAGCACUGGAGUUGCUUGUGAGCCAACAGGCCGACGAGCUCCUAUGUCUCAAAACGGCAUAUGCAGAGAUGAUCCGUAGACUUCAAGAGGUAGAGUCUCGACCAGUUUCCACAGCUCCGAAAAGUUCCACAGCCAGUCAUAAACCAGUUAACGGGAGUAAUUGGAGCGACUGUUGCAAAUACAUUUCAAACAUACAUCGUUUCUCGGAGUCUACACAGUCGCUCAACAAUGUCGGACUGUCGCGACAAUCCCCGUCGUCCCAGCAUCAUACCACUACUCCAAGCUACCAAAACCGCCGGCGAAUGUCCGGGUCUGCUCGAACAACGGCGCUCCCGAAUAAGCCAGCACCCGCCCACACUCCAGCUGCAGGUGCUCGACACAACACGGGGACCGCUACACCCAGAAGCACUCUGGGAUCAAGCAAACGAGCAAACUUAAGCUCAGCGGAGAACCUGAAUACAACCUCCUCUAGUCAUGCGCCCUCCAGUGCUAGAGGCACUUCGAAGAAAAUAGGCGCCAAAGAAGUGUCCAUCGAACGAAUAUCUCUGCGCUAUAAAGUGGACAUUGGCGAAGGAUUGGCGAAGAUGUAUCUAAAAGGGAGAGCAGUGACUAUGUAUGCGCCUUCGGAACAGAAGUAUGGAAGAGUGAAUGAUGUUGGCAAAGAACCGGGCGAGAACUUGACUCUUCAAUGGGUGUUCGGAUACAGAGGAAAAGAUUGCAGGAACAACAUUCUAGUGUUGGGCUCGGGAGAAUUGUGUUACUUUGCAGCUGCCACUGCAAUAAUGUACAACACAGAAACUGGAGUACAGAGGUUCUACCAGGAACACACAGACGACAUUAAGAGCAUUGCCCUGCAUCCGGACAAGGUGACCGUGGCUUCUGGACAAGUUGCUGGCCACGCAGAAGUAGACGGAAAACCCCAUGUUCGUGUGUGGAAUUCUUCAACACUCCAGACCAUGCAUGUGCUGGGAGAGGGUGUGUUCGGCCGUGGAGUGUGCUGUCUCUCAUUCUCAAAGGCCGACGGCGGUGAUCUUCUGUGUGCAGUAGAUGAGUCGAAUGAGCACGUGGUUACAGUGUGGGAGUGGAAGAGUGAGAAGAAGAUCACAGAGCACAAGGGAUCCCAGGACCCAGUGAGUGUGAUGGAGUGGCACCCCGCCAGAAUGAACAGUCUCAUCAUGUGCGGCAAGAGUGCAGUCUUCUUCUGGAGUUUCUCGGAGGAGAAGCUGAACAAGAAGACGGGAGUUUUCGAGAAGAAUGAGAAGCCCAAGUUUGUGACGUGUUGUGCGUUUGCAGAGAACGAACAGGUCCUGACGGGAGACUCGAAUGGAAACAUAUACGUGUGGAGUUGCGAUGACAACAAAGUGAAAGAAGCGGUCGAAAACGCUCAUGAUGGACCAAUAUUUGCCAUGUGCUCGGUAGCUAACAACUGCGUAAUCACUGGAGGCUCCAAAGACCUCACAGUCUCCCUAUUCGACGUAGGAUCCCUCUCCAAAGUGAGAGAUCUGACUCAUCUUCCAGAGAAUAUCGGAGGCAUCCGCCAACUGGCAACCUCAGGAGAUGGAGGGAAAGUGUUCGUAGGCACUACUAGGAACUGUAUAUUGGAAGGACCAUUCGCUUCUGAGGAGCCACAGGCGUUCAAGUCACUCAUCAGCAGUCAUUUUGAUGAGCUAUGGGGUGCUGCUGUUCACCCGACGGAGCCGAAAUUCCUGACUUGUGGUAUGGAUAAAUUGAUAGUGCUCUGGGACACAAAUACGAGGCAGCCUAUCUGGACCAAACUGGUGGAGUACCAGCUGAUGUGUGCCUCCUUCCACCCUACAGAGAAUGUGGCUCUGUUCGGGACUGUGGAGGGCAAGUGGUUUGCAAUGGACUUGGACUCCCAGGAGAUCCUCACUCUUCACCCGGACUCAAAGGAGCAGUAUGAUUGCGUGGCUUACUCACCAGAUGGAUCCAUGAUGGCCAUUGGCAGCCAUGACAACGGAAUCUACGUGUACAGAGUGGGAGAGAAUGCACGCAAGUACUCUAAAAUGGGCAAAUGCAUUGGACAUACUAGCUUCGUUACACACGUGGACUGGUCUGCUGACAGUCAAUUCCUGAGGAGCAAUUCCGGUGACUAUGAGGUGUUGUUCUGGAGUGCAGCUACGUGCAAGCAGAACACGGAUGUGCAGACUAUGAAGGAUGUCGAGUGGGCGACUGGUACUUGCACUCUCGGAUACAACAUGAUAGGCAUCUGGCCCGAGGGAGCGGACGGAAGUGACAUCAACGGCUGCGAUAGAUCGCCUGACUUGAACUUCGUCGCAUCUGCAGACGACUUUGGUAAAGUGAAACUAUACAACUACCCGUGCUACACUCCCAAGUCGCAGUGCAAAGUGGGCAAUGCACACAGCAGCCACGUGACCCGGGUCAGAUUCAUGCCAGACAGCCGGACUCUGCUGUCCCUGGGAGGACAGGACUGCAGCAUCAUGAUGUGGAAGAUAGAUUAGACAAAGGAGAGGAUAAAGGAGUUGAAAAAAGUCAGAAUUCGGACGGAACAUAACUUUCUGGAUACAACCGACCUCAUAUGACUCCUCAGAAAAAAAAUAACGGAUUAAAAAGAAAUAAUUUUUCGGCGAAAUGAGAAAUGGAGAGAAGUUAGAAGAAUUUUAAGGUGCUGCAGUUUUUAAACAACAAUGGACACAAUUUGAUCUACUGUAAAUAGAAGAUGGAAGAUACAGAUUAAGUAUUCUCUCAUAGCUGUUGAUCUGCAGAGAGGCUACGUAGAAGAGAAGACUUUAAAAAAUUAAAGACUAGUUGUAAUUUGAUCUUGAAGUUCGACGGAAGUGUAAUCCGUUGUUGUAUUAUUAAGCAAAAUAAUGGAACUGAUCGCUUGCUUUUCCGUGAAAUGUUUCCAACUAUAUUUCACUCUGAUGUUCCAAUGAAUUUAACAAAUAGAAAAAACUAAACCUAGACUAUGAAAGGAAAGCAACUGGUACCAUAGCAUCUUGUCCGUACACUAAAAAUGAAUGCUUUUUGAUUUGUUUUCACUGUUUAUAUGCGACACAAAAGCGAAGUAGUUGCCCCUAGUUGACAAAAUCUAGAUAAACUGAGCUUUAAUUUAAAAUUAAACGCAUGAGCCCUUGAAAUUAGUGGCCCUGAAAAUUCUAUUAGAAGUAUUAUUUUUCAGCCUAGCAUGACCUAUUUACUAUUGCAGCAUUUAAUUUACAGAAUAAAUUAAUCUAAGGCUUGUGUGCGAGUGAGCCUUCUAUUUAUUAACUCUCGUUUUUACUAGAAUUGGAAUUAAUGUUUUGAAUUUCUACUAAACUUAAAACUGAGUGAAGCUUUAAUGAACAAUGUGUGCUUGGUGUGUUAUUUUUAAGCUAUGGCCCUAUUAAAGGAAUUUAACAGUUGUGGUGUAUAAGUUCUCAUAGUUUUGACUCCUUUUAUGAGUUUGCACAGCUUAUUUCCAUCAUGUAUGGACCUAGUAAACUACAUAAAUUGUCUGAAAAUGAAAUGGUUAUGUUAUAUCUGUGACGUGCUUCAUGUUCUUCCUAAACUUUAUGUCAUCCCUGUCAAAUCUUGCUCAGUGUGAAGUGGUUACUUACAGCUGUGGGUUCGCAUUGUUGUGAUAUUUUUACUAAAAAAUUUAGUUUUGAGUAUCAGAAAUACACCAUUUACUAUCAUCAUAUUUUUAACGUUAAGAAAUUGCUAGUUGCGCCGGUCAAAACGCGUCCAAUCAGAUUAAACUGUAUUAUACCAUACGACACGAUUGAAUUGACGGGCUCAACAGCCGGUUUAAAAUGCAACUAAGUUCCGGCUUCAAUGGUGCAUGAUAAUUUCAGGCCUUAAAUUGCGAUAAGUUGUAAAAUUUUAAUUGAAUUUUUAUCAGUUGUUAAUUCACAAAUUGAUUUGA